GAGAGAGAGAGACAGACAGACAGACAGACAGACAGAGACACAGAGAGAGAUGGAAGGAGAGAAAGGAGGGUACCUUACCUCCUGAUCUUUUGCUUUGAGAGAGGGUAAUUUGCAUAAUUAUGCUAGAAAGGUAGCAAGAAUUAAAAUCCCUACAGAAUGGAAGAAAGCUGCUGAGGAUCCUUUUAUGGAGCCAAAGGACAGAAGCCAAGAAGGAUGAGCAUCAGAGAAGGAUUGAUUCUUUGGAAAACUAAGGUGACUGAAGACUUCAGGUCACACAAUAGUGGACAAUAGGUUUGAAAGGAACUCCAAGCAGUUGGUGCUGCUGAACCUUGCCAGAUCACUCAGAGUCAUCAAGCUCUGUGGGAUUGUUCACAGAUGUGAACAUUCUAUGCAUCGUGUAGAACAGGCACUGGAGGUGGCAGCCUGAUUACAAUGGGAGACUCAAGGAGGAUGAGAAGGAUGCUACUGGAAUGCAAACUCACUGACAAGCUAUGCAUUAUACGGGAGAACCAGUACGAAGUUGUCAUCGUUCCCACACUCCUCGUUGCAACCUUCCUUAUCCUUCUGGGGGUGAUCUUAUGGCUCCAUUUUCGAGGACAAAGGGUCCAGAGACAGCCACCUGGACUCCAAGGAAUUGCCCCUAUGCCUCCGUCUCGGGGCCUCAGCUGGGAAGCAGCAGGGCUUGGAGGAAACAUCUUUGUGCUACAGAAGCAGACGUCAGUGGACAGCCUCUUACAGGCCACUGCACCCACCCUGGCUAAGCUGCAGGUGCCCCGAGAGCAAAUCACAGAAGUCCUGGAGGAGAUCCACAAUGGAACUUGUGGAGCCAUCUACCGGACCAAGAUGAACACUGGGGACUCUACUAAGCCUAAGAGUGUUGUCCUUAAGGCUUUGCGAGAACCAGCAGGAUUUCAUGAGAUAGAAGAUUUUUUGGGACGUAUUCAGUUCCACCAUUUUCUAGGAAAGCAUAAAAACUUGGUCCAGCUUGAAGGCUGUUGCACACAGAAGCUGCCCCUCUAUAUGGUAUUGGAAGAUAUGACUCACGGUGAUCUGCUCAACUUUCUUUGGACUUGCCGUCGGGAUGUGAUGACAAUGGAUGGCCUCCUCUAUGACCUUACCGAGAAGCAAGUCUAUCAUAUUGCACAGCAGGUUCUCAUGGCUUUGGAAUUUCUCCAGGGGAAGCGACUAUUCCAUGGAGAUAUAGCAGCCAGGAACGUUCUGAUCCAGAAUGACCUCACUGCCAAGCUCUGUGGGCUGGGUCUGGCAUAUGAAGUCCACGCUCGAGGUGCCAUCUCCUCCAAACGAAUAGUACCCCUAAAGUGGCAAGCCCCUGAGAGGCUCCUGCUGAAGCCUACAGGAAUCAGAGGAGAUGUAUGGUCUUUUGGAAUCUUGCUGUAUGAGAUGGUGACUUUAGGGGCUCCACCAUAUCCAGAAGUCCCUCCUACUAGCAUUCUACAGUAUCUCCAGAGGAGAAAAAUCAUGAAAAGACCCUCCAGUUGCACAUCCACCAUGUACAGCAUCAUGAAAUCCUGCUGGAGAUGGAGUGAGGAUAACCGACCCUCCCCAACACAAUUACGCCUUCGCCUAGAGGCUGCCAGCCAGGGUGCAGAUGAUAAAACUGUGCUGCGGGUACCUGAGCUGGUGGUGCCUGAGCUGUACGCAGCUGUAGCAGGCAUCAGGGUAGAGAGUAUUUCCUCCAGCUACACCAUCCUCUGAAGCACCACUGAACUGAAAAGACACAAGUGAUAUGCUCGGGGCAAUACAAUUAGGAAUUGUAUUGGACAUCGGGAUGUUAUGGGGGAAGAAAAGGGAGGGAGAGGGCAUGAAGCUCUUAAGAGCUGGAAGGAACCUCAAAGGUCAU